AUGUCAUUAGGAAAUAUAUUCAGUUUUAAAGCUAAAUCUGUUCAAUGCACUAUUAUCCGAAACAAAAGUUAUGAAGACACACUCCCAUGUUUACGCUAUUUAUUUGAUUCAGAUGCACCAAAAUAUCAUGUUCCUUUAAAUACACUAGAGUCAAUGGAUUGGGCAAUUCUAGGAAUGAGAUUUUUGUUCACUGAUAUGAAAUAUAAUAGAUGUAGAUAUGAUUCAGAAGAGGAUUAUGAUAAAGCCAUUGACUCUAUUAAAAGUUUAUUUGUUGAAUCACCUCAAUUACGUAUUACAAGAGCCAGAAAACCUCAAUAUACAAAGGUAUUUGAUGACACUGUUCUUAUAAGAAACAAACCACUUCCAAAAGCCUCAACCCAUUACAUAAGAAGAACAUUUGCUCAUAGAAAUGAAUAA